UCGAUUCUUAUAGAAACAAUUAUAACCUUUUUUUCUUAGAGAUUCACAGCAGGGGGAAUGCUACAAAUAAAGUUGUUUUGUUUUAGCUCAGUCUAUAAAUAAUCACAACAAUUGCUUCCUGUCCUCAACACAGAAAUCCCCUUUCACACUUCUUGCUUUAACUCAUUCUAUAACUUAGUCAGAAAGCAAGCAUGAUUAGCACAAAGAAGCUCAUCAGAAUGGCAAGGAAGUGGAGGAAGAUAGCUGCCAUUGGGAGGAAAAGAAUUACUCCACCAAGGACUAACCCAAAGAUGGCUGCUGUAGAUCGUGCUAAUAAAUCAUCAGUUGCGGAUAAAGGCCAUUUCGUUGUAUACACAAUGGAUAAGAAACGUUUUGUGAUUCCCUUGGCAUAUCUCAGCAAUAGCAUUUUCCAAGAACUCUUCAAGAUGUCUGAGGAGGAGUUUGGUCUGUCGAGCGAUGGACCUAUAACGUUACCGUGUGAUUCAGUCUUCAUGAGUUACAUAGUCUUGUUGGUACAACGAGGAUUAGCUAAGGAUUUGGAGAAUGCAGUGCUCAAUUCCAUUGCUGGCUACGGCUGCUCAUCAUCAUACAGUACAUUUUUCCAUGGAGAACUUGCUGACCAAUAGUCACUUGUGUUGGGCUGAAGCAAUAAACACAAUAACGCAAAAAUAAUAUAUCGCAAUA